UCCAGCCAAAGCAAGAGGUGGAAGACACUACCACAGAGACCAAAGAAGCAGGUACAGAUAAUCGUAACAUAGUUGACGAUGGAAAGUCUCAGAAACUGACUCAUGAUGACAUAAAGGCUCUGAAGGACAAGGGUAUUAAAGGACAGGAAAUAGUUCAGCAGUUAAUAGAGAACAGUACAACAUUCAGAGACAAAACAGAAUUUGCUCAAGAUAAAUACAUAAAGAAGAAGAAAAAAAAAUACGAGGCAGUUAUUACAAUUGUGAGACCAUCCACUCGCAUUCUUUCAACAAUGUAUUAUGCAAGGGAACCUGGAAAAAUUAACCACCUGCGCUAUGACACCCUUGCUCAGAUGCUGACUCUGGGAAACGUCCGUGCUGGCAACAAGAUGAUGGUGAUGGAAACGUGCUCAGGCCUGGUGCUGGGCGCCGUGAUGGAGCGAAUGGGGGGCUAUGGAUCCAUUAUUCAGAUGUACCCAGGAGGAGGACCUGUUAGAGCUGCUACUAGUUGUUUUGGAUUUCCAAAACAUUUUUUCGAUAAUCUUCAUGAAUUUCCCCUCAGCAAAGUGGAUAGUCUCCUCUCUGGGACAUUUUCUACAGAGACUCUCCCUUCAGAACCUGAAGAUAACACACUAGUGGAAGAAGAAAGCAAUGGAUUGCUGGAUGAGAAGCAGACUUGCCCCCAGGAAACAGAAGAGGAGUCUACUACUGAAGCAGCUAUGGAGCUCAACCAAACAGAAGAGCAAGAAACAAUGGACAUGAAUGCUGAAGAUGUAGAAUUUAAAGAGAACAAAGAAAAAGAAAAUAAAGAAAAUGUUCGGGAAAAGCAAAGGAAACAAUGGGAGAGAAGGAAAAAGCUGAUAGAAACUGCUGCUUUGUUGCAAGAGAAGAAUGCUGAUGGGUGA